GUGCCCCGAGGGCAGAAACAGGGGAGAAACAGUAAAAAUGAGUAGGUGAGGGGCAUAAGCGAAGAAACUUUGCGUGACAGAACUAUCUCUAUAGUCUUCUUUUCGCAGGUCCUGCUCUCAAGGAUGGUGUAGGAAAGCAAUUUUAGAUUGAAUAAUUUUUCAAAGCUGGUAGAGUUCAAAUGCUUGGAUACCAUUGGGAAAUACCCAAUCUUUUCGAUACGCUGAUCGUACACAGAUAUGACCCCAAAGUGCCCAGGAAAUGUGAGCGGUAUCUGGUCCUGGGGGAUGCUGGACACUGUGUGCGCGGGUGCUGGCGUUGUACGGACUCGGGAGGAGCUUCGGCAACAGGCUCUGAGAAGAUAAACACAAAUGAAGCACCAGAACCUGGAGCACAGCUUUUAAAUGAUCCCAGGUGACAACAGCUGUCUCCUGUGAUGCUGCUUGUGAAGUAAGUGGCACCUUUCUUUUGCUAAGAAACUCCAGCAGUAGCUGAAUCGGGUACUUUAAGAACUAAAUAUAACGCAUAGUGCCCCGUACCUAAGUCUUUUCCCGCCUUUGUGACAGCAGAAGCAGCUCUAGCUUUGAAGCAGACACUCACUUUGUUAUUUUGAACUAUUUUACAUUUGGAAGGAACAAUAAAGGCGAAGUUUAAUCUCUGGGAUGGAUAAAGCUUCUAAGCGGUCAUUAACUUUGACUGCUUUAACCUGUUCAGCAGAUGAUGGGUUGUGUGCACCUGAGUUCCUGCAGUCUUGAUCUCUUGCCAUUAAAUGGCUUUUGUCUUGACUAGCUUUUCUUCUGAACUUCAUCGCUUUAUAAUAGCGCACAAGAAUGAUGCUUUGAGCUUCUGUUGCCACAAAGAUUACCUUUAUGUUGAAAAAUAGCACCAGCCUAGAAGUCUUUAUUGCCCUGCACUGCCUUCCCUGGCACCAUUUCAAUAAAGGAAAAAUGGCUGGGCAAAAAAUAACCUCAUAUCUGGAAGUAUGUACCCACAGCGAUGUGCUCCCCGAAACACGCAAUAUUAAAGCCAUUCCUAAGGUGACAGUGGGGUAUGUUUAAGCCUCACUCUGGAAGUUUGAAUAAAUAUGUUGUGUGUGUUCGCUAUAUAUCUACUAAUUAAAAUGUGUGUGUAAUUGGUCUGGGAUUUAAGUGUGCUGUGGGAGGGGAUAGACAGGCUUAAAGCAAGUGACUGGAACCCACUGAAAGGGUAAUUCGUAGAACUCAAGUAUUUCUCUUCUCAGUGUUCUGUUACUAUUUAAUAUUUAAGCCUUUUUUGUGCUAAAAAGCCCUUCAGGUUGUUGUUAAUUUUUUUUUUCCUUUGAUGGGACAACUGCAUUUUUUCAAAAUAAGACAAUCAUUUAGUGGGAAUUUCCUAAGGAAGAUAUCGUUCAUGGCUUCGUGAUUAACAUUUCACAGAAUCCCAGGCUGGAAGGGACAUCAGGGACCAUCUAGUCCAACCUUUCUGGGAAGAGCACAGGCUAGACAAGAAGGCCCAGCACCCUGUCCAGCCGACUCUUGAAGGUGUCCAACGUGGCUGAGUCAACCCCUUCCCUGGGGAGAUUAUUCCAGUGGUGACUGUCCUCACUGUGAAACACUUCCCUCUCGUGUCCAAUGGGAAUCUCCCCAAGAGCAGCUUGUGUCCAUCCCCCUUGUCCUCUCCAUGGGACUCCAUGUAAAAAGGGAACCUCCAUCUUCUUUGUAGCUACCCUUUAAUGCUUGUCUUCCUCUAAAUACCAAAUGUGAUACCAAAAUACCUGGGUCUUGUUUGCGUAUUUCACAUGUGUUUGUGCAACAAGGAAUGUUCUGGAGCCGCUGUGCUUUUGUCUGAGGCCUUCACUGAAGUGUUCGAUGCUGACUGCGCAGGGUGACUUAAUACAACAGAAUAUGAGUGCUAUUAAGUAUCUGCUCAGUGGUUAAAAAGGUAACUGCACUGAAAAGGCUUCUCUGUGCGUGUACUUUUUUAAUGUCAGGUGCUUAGUAAAUGGUUUUUUUCCUGUUUAGAAAUUACAUCUGUCCACUUCAGGGUAAAAGGACCUGUAAUGAAUUCUGCAGAAAGUACCUCUUCCUGAGAGUUCCUCACUUAAAGCUGUUCUAACGUGAGCAACUCCAGCGAGCUUGGGUACUACACGGCUGAGGGAACGUCAGUGCUUCAGAAUGGCUUUCUGCACUCUUUCCUGUCUCUUAGUGUUUUAAAUGAAGUAGAUCUACAGCAUUGCUGUGACUCCUAUUCCAUCAGCUAACAGUGCCUGAGAGUAUGAUGGUGCGAACAUCUUCCCUCGCCCGUGAUCUUCAGGAAUCAGUCUUAUGCCGAAAAGGUUUCCAGCAUCAGGUAUCUCGCUCUUUGUUUGGAAAGGCUGUGUUUAGACUAAUCGGUCUGAAAGAAUUUAUUGACAGUCACCCUGAUCCUACUAAACAUUCUCACCUCACUUCACCCUGCCACCUUAAUCAGUCCCUCUAGUUUCUUAAUUUUUGAUGCUUUCCUGUGCUCCCCUGUGUCUCUACUGCACCCUGCCCUCGGCAGCCGGGCAGGGGAUCCCGGUAGCUGCAGCUCUGGAACCUGCUCAUGUUCCAGAUUCCUUGAGGGAGAGGCUUACCUCUCCCUCAUCCACAGUACGGCAUUUCUUUUUGUCAUUCAGUAAAAACCAAACCCUGAACAACAACAACAGACAAAAUCGGUGUUUAUGUUGCUCUUGCCUAUUGAUGCAUCACCUUGGAUUUCUCCCAGUAAUAGCUGGCUGUCUCUUUCCAGUUUUGUUCCCAGGAAAAAUGAGGGUUAGCUUUUCCUCAGACGAACUUGUUUAAAUUAUAUGAGGUGUAAAUUUUAUAUUUAAGCUCGUAUGAUACUGGUGACACUUCCAACUUUUGCUCUUCCAGGCGAAGGAUUUUCUCCAUCUGUGGGAUGUCAAUCCUUCCGACUGACCUCACUUCCCACGACAACCGGUGGUGACGACAUCACAGAGUAGUCGCUAGCACCAAACAGCGGACUGGCAUAUCUGAACGCAAUACCUUCAGCACUGAAAGCGUAAACUAAGUGAAGGCUACGCCGGGCGUUGUAUGGAAGGAAAAUCGAAUCCUGCUGCAGAAGCAUUCUGGAUGAACAGAUAAAGGAGGCGGACUAAAGAGAAUGAAGUGGGGGGACCAUUUCAGAGACAGAAGUACUGGAGUAACCUUUGAAACAAAAGACUUCAAAGUGACAGCAGCCUGUGCCUUUGGCUGUACUGAAUCUUCACACCUGGAAAUGUCCGAGUGUCGUAUGAAGCUUCUGUUGCCUGAUGCAAAUUACAGCGUUGCUGAGAUAAUAGCAGAGGAAAAACAAAUAUUGCCAGAGGACGAAUUGCCGAUAGACCAGAUGCAGGGACAAGAGAGAUCAGCUGGCAGCAGUCCCCACGGCAGUCUCAAGGCUGCUUGCAGGAAAAGGAUGAGUGGAACAUCUAAGGACAGAACUGACAAAGAUGGCCAAGGUGAAACGUGCUUUUCUGAUUCUUUGCCUCCCAGAGGAAUCAGAUCCAGCAGGAGAAGACCAAGGAAAGAGAGGAAGCAGUUGCCAGCUCGGAAGAAUACGAAGACUGCAGAAGUGGAAAAAGUGACAUCGAUGCUUAAGAAUGGGAAGAAGAGAGCAGAAGUAGCACAGGAAGAGACCACUCAAAGUUUGAUACCCACACCUGUGAGGAUCGUGAUGCUUGCCAUCUUUGUGUUUGUGAUCUUCGUGCAUGUUGUUAAUGGAGGCUGAUAGAAACAGUCUGCUCAUAAACCUCAUCCCGGGGAGAAAAUAAAAGCACUCUCCUCUUAACAUAAGCAAUGUUUAGCGGUGACUACAAAACUGAGGAAUGCGCUGUUUUCUCCCUGCCACUUGUGAACAAGCUCCGCAGGCAGUGAAUUAAAAGGCCAGUAGGAUGAUGGAAACACCCUGUGACCUGUCUUUGCCUGGUGUUCACUAUAUGGAGUAGUUCCUAAUUCUUGGAAGUGUGACUUGCUCUACUUUCUCCUUUGCUGAAGCCAGGUUUGCACAUUUUGUGCCCCAGCUAGAGUGUUUAUUUGCUCAGAGGUGUUUGGAGUUCUGUGUGGCUUGGUCUUCCCUAAGCUGCCUGUGGCUGGGAUUACUGCAUCAUUGAGAAUUUACAGCUUCUCUGAGCUCUGGUUGUCUUGUAUUUGAGAAACAUCUGAUACAAAUUGAGGGAACACCUGUCUUGGCAGAUUGGCAAGCAAUUUAAUGGCUGUAGCAUAAUACAAGCCAUGAGGGGUCAAGGGAGGAGUUACUAUAUCUUAAACACUUCUGCAAAAAUGUUCUUGCCCCUUCAAGUCUAAAGAUGUUACUGAAGAGGGGGGAAUGGUAGAAGUGAGUAUCUCCCAUUACUGCCCUGCCAUUCCUCAUCUGAAGAGGACCUAACAUUGUGUGCAGUGUUCUCAUAAAACUACAACACUUAAAUUUAAAUGACUUAUGGGUUAAGAUCAAGCUGAAGCCUUUUAGUGUCUUUUCACAGGAGAAAUGCAGAACUUUGGGCCUGGCACGUAGUCUGAAGAGCAGCACUGCAGCACCCUAAAAUUGCUGAAGGCAUUUGAUUUAAAAAGUGCUGAUUUUUCUCCCAUUGUCUAUGCCUAUUUUGCCUAAAUUUUAUAUCCUUAGAUCUGACACUGUGUCACUUAGGAGGAGAAUCUUCCCUGUGUAAGUCAUAACACGGUAAGCUAGGGGUGUGAGGGACUGAAUGGUUUCCUUAACUUCUAAGACGUUUUGCUUCAUCCUUAAGAUGUGUGCACUUUGUAAUCAUUGCCUCAGAUCUUGGUGAUGGCUUUACUGUGAGGUAAGAGGUUACCUCUUAUUUGAAGUAGGAUGAAUGGUAAUAAAUGGGAAAAACUGUUACAGGAGUCAGACUCCUCUAAGUAAGUGGCAUUCAGGUAGCUGGCCUUCCACCAAGGUGUGGUGUUAGCUCUCUAGUCUCAGAUGUUUCCUGCUUUGCUGAACCUCAUUUUCCAGUUUAGCCAGUGUGAUGAAAGCUGGAAUGUGCUAUGUUUUUACUUGAUGUUGCGUUCCUAGGAAAAUAAUGUUUAGCUGCUUCUAAUUGCUAUGUAAAUACCCUCACCUCCCUGUUAAGUGACUGAUAGACCCUGUCAGUUCUACUUCACCCUUCAAGGCUCUGCUCUCUGCGGCUUACGUGCCCGCACUCUGGCACUUGCCAUCUUGCACUUCCUCUGCAAAACCUCAUCCUGAACGAUGCAGCUGAUGCGUGGGAGCUUUGAUCUGGUUACUCGGGGUGGUGGGGAAGGGCUGUGUAGUCGUGCCCUUCCUCCGAACUAACUUCAGAGCCUUGUUCUUAUUGGGAAGCGAGGUUAGCAUUUAUUCUUCUCAUUUGAACAUGUGUGGAAUGAGGUGGAAUUCUUCUUCCCUAGCAUCAGCUUUCUCACUUGGAGGGCACAGCGGGGCACCUGCCACCUAUUCUCCUUUUUUUUUUCUAUCUUGAGUUUAGUGAAUUAUUCUAGUCCCUCCUUUCAGUUGAGGGUGGCAGAGCAUUGUCUCCAGGGACAAGGAUUUUUUUAAAUCCUCCUGGCAAUAGAUAACGCAAACAUUAAUCUCCUGCUGUUCAACAUGCUAUCGGGGUGUGUGUGCUCAUGUUGAAGGACAUGUGCUGUUCUGAUAUAUGAAAUAAGUGUGUUAC